GCAAAAGCGCAGGCUGGGCGCGUCAGGACGGGUGGGUGCCGCGUGCGCCUGAGGACCCGGUUGGACUGCUUGGGCCGGCUCAGGAUGAGGACGCGCUGGGCGACCCUUCGCCGCGCGGCGGAGCUCCUCGUGCUACUCCUCAGGUGCUUCGGUCUGGCGGAGCCCUCUGGCCGCACAGGCAAUGAUCCAUUCACUAUCGUCAAUGAAAACAUGGGCAAGUGCAUCAAGCCACUGAAUGACUGGAUAGUAGCAACAGACUGUGGUGGAAGUAGGGACGUGUUAUGGAAGUGGGUGUCUCAGCAUCGACUCUUUCAUUUGCAAUCCCAGAAGUGCCUUGGGCUAGAUAUUACCAAACCCACAGAUUCCUUGAGAAUGUUCAACUGUGACUCCAGUGCCUUACUCUGGUGGAAAUGUGAGCACCACUCUCUGUAUGGAGCUGCCCAGUACAGACUGGCUCUGAAGAAUGGACAUGCUGUAGCAAGUACAAAUUCAUCUGAUGUCUGGAAGAAAGGAGGCACAGAGGAAAACCUCUGUGACCAGCCUUAUCAUGAGAUAUAUACCAGAGGUGGGAACUCCUAUGGAAGACCUUGUGAAUUUCCAUUCUUAGUUAAUGGGACCUGGCAUCAUGAGUGCAUUUUUGAUGAAAAUUAUGGUGGGCCAUGGUGUGCAACCACCUUAAAUUAUGAAUAUGAUCAAAAGUGGGGCAUCUGCUUAAAACCAGAAAAUGGCUGUGAAGAUAAUUGGGAAAAGAAUGAGCAGAUUGGAAGUUGCUACCAAUUUAAUACUCAGGCAGCUCUUUCUUGGAAGGAAGCUUAUAUUUCGUGUCAGAAUCAAGGAGCUGACUUACUGAGCAUUGGCAAUGCUGCUGAAUUAACUUAUCUUAAAGAAAAAGAAGGCAUUCCAAGAAUUUUCUGGAUUGGCUUAAAUCAGCUAUACUCUGCUAGAGGCUGGGAAUGGUCAGACCACAGGCCAUUAAACUUUCUCAACUGGGACCCAGAUAUGCCUAGUGCACCUAUGAUAAUAGGCGGAUCCAGCUGUGCGAGAAUGGAUGCCAUGUCUGGUCUAUGGCAGAGUUUUUCCUGUGAAGCUCAAUUGCCCUAUGUCUGCAAGAAACCAUUAAAUAACACAGUGGAGUUAACAGAUGUUUGGACAUAUUUAGAUACACACUGUGAUGCAGGCUGGCUGUCAAAUAAUGGUUUUUGCUAUCUGCUGGUAAAUGAAAGUGAUUCCUGGGAUAAGGCACAUACGAAAUGCAAAGCCUUGAGCGGCGAUCUCAUCAGCAUUCAUUCUUUAGCAGAUGUGGAGGUGGUUGUCACAAAACUCCAUAAUGGCGAUGCCAAAGAAGAAAUAUGGAUAGGUCUUAAGAACAAAAAUGUACCAAGUUUAUUUCAGUGGUCUGAUGGUACUGAAGUUACUCUAACAUAUUGGAAUAAGAAUGAGCCAAAUGUUCCCUACAAUAAGACUCCCAACUGCGUUUCCUAUUUAGGAAAGUUAGGUCAGUGGAAGGUCCAGUCCUGUGAAGAGAAACUUAAAUAUGUAUGUAAGAAAAAGGGAGAACAAGUGAAUGAUACAACAUCUGACAAGAUGUGUCCUCCAGAUGAGGGCUGGAAAAGACAUGGAGAAAUCUGUUACAAGAUUUACAAGGACGAGGUCCCUUUUGGAACCAACUGCAAUCUGACUAUAACUAGCAGAUUUGAGCAAGAAUACCUGAAUGAUAUGAUUAAAAAGUAUACUAAAUCUCCAGGAAAAUACUUCUGGACUGGCCUGAGAGAUAUAGAUUCACAUGGAGAGUAUAGCUGGACAGGAGUUGGUGGAGUAAAGCAAGCUGUAACAUUUUCCAACUGGAAUUUUCUUGAGCCAGCUUCUCCAGGCGGGUGUGUGGCUAUGGCUACUGGAAAGUCUCUUGGAAAGUGGGAGGUGAAAGACUGCAGAAACUUCAGAGCGCUCUCGGUUUGCAAGAAAAUAAGUGGGCCCAUUCAGCCUGAAGAAGAAGUAGCUCCUAAGCCUGAAGACCCCUGUCCUGAAGGCUGGCAUAGUUUCCCCUCAAGUCUUUCUUGUUAUAAGCUGUUUCAUAUAGAAAGAAUUGUAAGAAAAAGGAACUGGGAAGAAGCUGAGAGAUUCUGCCAAGCUCUUGGAGGACACCUUCCUAGCUUCACUCAUACGGAUGAAAUAAAGGAAUUUCUUCACUUUUUAAUGGACCAGUUCAGUGACCAGCGUUGGCUGUGGAUAGGUUUGAAUAAAAGGAGCCCAGAUUUACUAGGAUCUUGGGAGUGGAGUGAUCAUACACCAGUGUCUACUAUUCUCAUGGAAAAUGAGUUUCAGCAGGAUUAUGAUAUCAGAGAUUGUGCUGCUGUCAAGGUCACUCAAAGUCCAGGGCGAAGAAGCUGGUAUUUCUAUGAUGACAGAGAAUUUAUUUACUUAAGACCUUUUGCUUGUGAUACAAGACUUGAAUGGGUAUGCCAGAUUCCAAAAGGCCGUACUCCAAAAACACCAGACUGGUACAAUCCAGAGCGUGCUGGAAUUCAUGGACCUCCGGUUGUAAUUGAAGGGAGUGAAUAUUGGUUUGUUGCUGAUCCUCACUUAAACUAUGAAGAAGCUGUCCUGUAUUGUGCUAGCAAUCACAGCUCUCUGGCUACAUUGACAUCUCUUGCAGGAUUAAAAGCCAUCAAAAACAAAAUAGCAAAUAUAUCUGGUGAUGAACAGAAGUGGUGGGUGAGAACUGCUGAGAAGCCGGCAGAUCGUCAUCGUUCUAUGUACUCACGAUAUCCAUGGCCUCACUUUCCUAUAACAUUUCGGGAGGAAUGCCUGUGCAUGUCUGCCAAGACUUGGUUUAGCGACUUAAAUAAACCAGCAGACUGUGGUACCAAGUUGCCCUUCAUCUGUGAAAAAUAUAAUGUCUCUUCAUUAGAAAAAUACAGUCCAGAUUCUGCAGCUAAAAUACAGUGCUCUGGGGAUUGGAUUACUUUUCAGAAUAAGUGUUUUCUAAAAAUCAAACCAAAGUCUCUCACAUUUUCCCAAGCGAGUGAUACUUGUCGCACAUAUGGUGGCACCCUUCCUUCAGUGCUGAGCCAGAGAGAACAAGAUUUUAUUACAUCCUUGCUUCCGGAUAUGGAGGCUACUUUAUGGAUUGGUUUGCGCUGGACUGCCUAUGAAAGGAUAAACAAAUGGACAGAUAACAGAGAGCUGACAUACAGUAACUUUCACCCAUUAUUAGUUGGUGGGAGACUGAAAAUACCAACACAUAUUUUUGAAGAAGAGUCCCAAUACGACUGUGCUUUAAUACUCAACCUCCAAAAGUCACCUUAUACUGGGACAUGGAAUUUCACUUCCUGUAGUGAACGCCACACUCUGUCUCUCUGUCAGAAAUAUUCAGAAGUUGAAAGCAAACAGACCUUGCAGAAUACUUCAGACACAGUAAAGUAUCUAAAUAAUCUGUACAAAAUCAUCCUGAAGAAUAUGACUUGGUUUGAUGCUCUAAGGGAGUGUCAGAAAGAUAACAUGCAGCUGGUGAGCAUCACAGACCCUUAUCAGCAGGCAUUCCUAACUGUACAAGCAGUUCUUCAUAACUCUCCUUUAUGGAUUGGACUCUCCAGUCAAGACGAUGAACUCAACUUUGGUUGGUCAGAUGGGAAGCGUGUUCAAUUUAGUCGCUGGGCUGAAAAUAAUGGGCAACUUGAAGACUGUGUAAUAUUAGACACUGAUGGAUUCUGGAAAACAUCUGAUUGUGAUCAUAUGCAACCAGGUGUUAUUUGCUACUAUCCAGGAAACGAUACUGAAAAAGAGGUCAAAGCACUUGACAAUGUUCAGUGUCCAUCUCCUGUUCUAUUUACUCCAUGGAUACCAUUUCAGAACUCUUGCUACAAUUUUAUAAUAGCAAAGACUGAAUAUACGGCAACAUCACCAGAUGAAGUUCAUUCUAAAUGCCAGAAAAUGAAUCCAAAAUCACAUGUUCUGAGUAUUCGAGAUGAAAAAGAGAAUAACUUCGUUCUGGAGCAACUUCUGCACUUCAGUAAUAUGGCUUCAUGGGUCAUGUUAGGUAUAACUUAUGAAAAUAAUUCUCUUCUGUGGUCUGAUAAGACCAUGCUGUCAUACAUAAAUUGGAGAGGAGGAAGACCAGAUAUAAAAAAUGACAAGUUUUUUGCUGGCUUGAGUACUGAUGGCUUCUGGGAUUUUCAGACCUUCAGUGUUCUUGAAGAAAUACUUCCCUAUACCCAGAACAGCAUUCUUGCUUGUAAAAUUGAAAUAGUUGACUACGAGGAAGAAUAUAAUACUACUCUGCCACAGUUUAUUCCAUAUGAAGAUGGUAUUUAUAAUAUUAUACAAAAAAAGGUAACAUGGUAUGAAGCAUUAAACAUGUGUUCUCAAAGUGGAGGUUAUUUGGCAAGUGUUCAUGACCAAAAUGGCCAGCUCUUUCUGGAAGACCUCGUAAAACGUGAUGGAUUUCCACUAUGGAUUGGGCUCUCAAGUCAUGAUGGAAGUGAAUCAAGUUUUGAAUGGUCUGAUGGCAGUACAUUUGACUACAUCCCAUGGAAAGAUAAACCGUCUGCUGGAAAUUGUGUUGUCUUGGAUCCAAAAGGAAUUUGGAGACAUGAAAAAUGCAAGUCUGUUAGUGAUGGUGCUAUUUGUUAUAAACCUACAAAAUCUAAAGAGGUGUCCUCUCAUACAUACUCAUCAAGAUGUCCAGCAGUAAAAGAGAAUGAGUCACAAUGGAUCCAGUACAAGGAGCACUGUUAUACAUCUGACCGGGCAUUGCGCAAUUUCUCAGAAGCCAAACAGUUCUGUUCAAAACUUGAUCAUUCUGCAACUAUUGUUACCAUAGAGGAUGAAGAUGAAAAUAAGUUCGUGAGCAGACUGAUGAGGGAAAAUAAUAAUAUUACCAUGAGGGUUUGGCUUGGAUUAUCUCAAUAUUCUGCCGGUCAGUCUUGGAAUUGGUUAGAUGGAUCAAAAGUGACAUUUGUCAAAUGGGCAAAUAAAAGUAAGACUGGUGGUGGAAAAUGUAGCGUUUUGUUAGCUUCAAAUGAAACUUGGAUAAAAGUUGAAUGUUCACAAGGCUACGGAAGAGUUGUCUGCAAAGUUCCUCUGGGCCCUGAUUACAGAGGAAUAACUAUCACAUUUGCUGUGUUAAGUGUCUUAGCUCUCAUCAGUGCACUGGUUUGGUUCCUCUUCCAAAGGAACCGGUCACACUGGCCGGGCUUCUCUUCAGUUCGAUAUGAACAAGGAAUGAAUGAAGAUGAGAUUAUGCUUCCCACUUUCAAUGACUAAAUUCUUCUAAGAGUUUGCUAAUUUGCACUAACGUGUUAGGGAAAAUGAGCCAUUUCGGUUUUUCCCAGUGUCAGUAUUUACUCUGUUCUAAAGUACAAAUCCUAAGUACUUUUUCAGUUGUUUAAUUGCUGUGCUGGUAUCUACAGCGAAUUAUCCACAAAAUGCCAUGUUUAAAACUUUACUUAAUAGAAUGGAGAACCUUAAUAGAAUGGAAAAGAACCAAAGCUGGAACUAAAGUCCAAAUUAUUUACAGGGUAAUAAAUUUAAUGUGCAUUUUUCUCUGUAAGAAUGUAGUUAGUAACUAGGAUAUGUAUAUAUGAAUAGCACAACUGCUUAGAGACUUAAAAUUGGCAUGUUACUAGGUCAUAAAUCUACCUUUUAGCUUUUAAGAAUAUUUAGCUUAGGGGCGCCUCAGUGGCUCAGUUAGUUAAGUGUCCACCUCUUCAUCUCAGCUCAGGUCUUGAUCUCAGGCUUGUGAGUUCAAGCCCUGCGUAGGGCUCCAUGCUGGGUGUGGAGCCUACUUAAAAAAAAUAUCCAGCCUAAUGUGAAAUUUGUACCUCAAGGUAAAAACAUAACUGUAAAUAAUAUCAACAUUAUUUCAAAAUAGUCAUUUGUAGCAUUUAGGAGAAAUUAUUAAACAAUGAGAUAUGCUUACUUUUUUACACAGUAAAAUAAUGCUUUUGGCAAGAUGCUUCUUAUACCGCUCCAGAGAUAUUUCAUACCAAAAUUGUUUAAAUGCAAAUAUUUUGCUUUGUCAUAGUUAUUCAUAAAACAAUGGCUUUUAAAGGAAAUUUAGUACUUAACAUUUUCCUAAAGUGUGAGAACAUUGUUUUUAGAUUGAUUUAGAUAUACUGUAGCAGUGUGUUUUUUGUCUUUUCUUGUGUACAAUAUAUAACUCUUUCCUCUUAAAGGGAACCAGCUAAGGAUACAAGUUCUUGAAGAUUUCAUAAUUUUUAUGCUUUCUAUGACAUGCCAAAUUUUGACUAAGAAAUUUGUGUUACUUUUUUGCCCUUUUCUGUAAGCUAGAGAAAAGGGGUCUAUGAAGGAAAUUGUAUAUCUUGCAUUUGUAAAAAUGAAAAUUUUACAGUGAAACUCUAAACCUUGUGAUUACUACUAAAAUAUUUUAGAUGAUAAAUGAUUAAGGAAACACUGUUUUGUGAUUAUCACUUUAAAUUUUACCAGCAAAAAUAUAUUUUUAUAUUGUCCAUCACCAUUGGACAUGAUGAAUUUUUUAUUCAGUGUUUAUACUUUAGAAUAUUUUUGUAUAAUAUUCAUAGAUUUAUUUUAAGAUUUAGAGUGUUUAUACUAUGAUAAACUUAUAAUUUUCUAAGACAGUUUUAUUAUAAUCUAAAACUAUAAUACAGUUGUCCUGAUAUAUUUUUAUUGAAUUUGUUAGACUAUUCCUCUUGCCCUGUCAUCUGCACAAUUUUAGCUGUUAAAGACUUUCUUCAAAGAAUUAAAUCAACUUGACGUGAAAAAUACACCUAUGCACGGUGCCUGGCUGGCUCAGUUGGAAGAGCGUGCAACUCUUGAUCUUGGGGUUGUGAAUUCGAGCCCCACAUUGGGUAUAGAGAUUACUUAUAAAAUAAUAAAUAGUAAAAUCUUUAAAAAAAGAAAAGUACAGUUAUAUAUAGUAGCGAUGCUGUAAUAAAGUUGUUUUAUUUUUUUAAGUAAAACUGUUGUUGGUCCUUGUCAGAAAAAAUAUCUCUAGGUUGGGUUUUAUUAUGUUAGGCAUAUAGUAUAACAAAAAAUAAGUGUGCAGUUGUUGUAAUGCAAGGUAUCCUUUAUUUAAAGAAUAAAUGCAAUCAGGGGCACCUGGGUUGUUCAGUCGGUUAAGCAUCCAACUUGUUUUUGGCUCAGGUCAUGAUCUCAUGGGUCGUGAGAUCGAGCCCUGCAUCAGGCUCCACUCUCGGCACAGAGUCUGCUUGGGUUUCUCUCUCCCUCUCCCCGUCCCCCUACUCUCUCUCUCUCAAAAUAAAUAAAU